CACAGAAAAAAAAAAUCAAGCUGAAAGCCGUGACAUAUAAAAACCAACAUGAAAUAUACGAAGUAAAUAAAAAUAAAAUAAAAUCCUGGAAAAGCAGAAAAAAGAGAAUGGCCUCCUCAGUCUGGUGCCUCUACAUUUCACCAUGUUUGAAAAAGAAAGGAGGAGGAGGAUUACUACAUUUUCCCCUAAAUAGUAAUACCCAGAGAGUGCAGCGCCUGCAAAUGCAACUGCAAAAUCAAGAAUUAAUGAAGGAAGACGAUGGCCAUGCAACUUCAACAAGAAGAAGACAAUUUAUACUUCAGGCGCCUCUUAUUGCUUUUUCUUUUCCCCAAUUAAUUAUGUCUACUGCUAUUGCAGUCGCAGAGAUUGAUGUGCCACAAGAUUUCCGAGUUUAUACUGAUGAAGUGAAUAAGUUCAAGAUUUUCAUUCCGCAAGAUUGGCAAGUGGGAGCUGGUGAACCCAAUAAUUUCAAGUCCAUUACUGCUUUCUAUCCAGAAGAAGAAGCCAACUCAAAUGUUAGCGUUGCCAUCACGGGGCUUGGUCCCGAUUUUACUCGAAUGGAAUCCUUCGGUAAAGUUGAUGCUUUUGCAGACACUCUGGUUAGUGGACUGGACAGAAGUUGGCAAAGGCCCCCUGGUGUGGCUGCAAAACUCAUUGACUGCAAAGCAUCUAAUGGCUUCUAUUAUAUUGAGUAUACACUGCAAAACCCAGGAGAAAGUAGAAGACAUUUGUUUUCAGCUAUUGGAAUGGCAUCCAAUGGUUGGUAUAACAGACUAUAUACUGUCACUGGACAGUUUGUGGAAGAAGAAGCAGAGAAAUAUGGUUCAAGAAUUGAGAAGGCAGUAUCAUCCUUCAGAUUUAUUUGACGCAACUCUUGCUGGAAACCAAGCCACUCUCUAUUUAUUUCUACAGAGAGAUCCUCUAAAGUCGGAAUAUAUCAGCCAUUUAUAAGUCAUAUUUUGAGAGAGAGAGCUUACAUGAUCAGGCAUUGUCAACGAAUGAGAUCUGAUCAAUUCGUACUUUUCUUACCGCAUGAGAUUUGAUAAAUUUUUGGUGAAACCAAAAGAACUUUUUCUUUUCGGUAAGAAAUCACGAAAAUUCAAUUUUAAUAA